GUUUUUUAUCCAUAACACUGGAAAUAACGAAACGUUUUUAACUACUUUUGCGCAAAUUUAUCACAACUAAAAUAGUGUGAUAUGACGAUGCGUAUUUGUUACAAAUUGUCGUUUAUUUUUGCUACUACCUGAUAGUAGUUUGUAAAAAUGUUUAUAACCGAUACAAUUUUGUAUGUUUAUUGUAAUUUAUUUAUUUAUUCACCUAUAAAAUGAAAGGGCUGCGUGAAACAAGGGAUUUUGUUUCAACAUUUAUCUAUUAAAUUGUUUUUUGAUGGUUUUUAUUUGGUGGUAAUUAUUAUUUUUUUCAAACGGACAACUAUAACUUAGGAGGCGAAACGAGAUAAAAAUUUGCAGGAUUUUUUUUAAGGGUGUUUGGAGCCUUAUACGCUCGCGGCACCAAAUCUUUCAAAAUUAAUUUAAAUUCAAUCAAUUACUUGGAAAAAAAUUGCAGAAAUGUUGAUCUUUGUAAUGUUAACAGACUCAGAAAAACAUUUUUUUUGUAUUUGUGACUGCAUUUUCAACGUUUUGAAAAAUUUGGGGCAACAUUUUUUAAAUUUGUAAAAAUAUAAUUAACGAUAAAUUUUUUGCAUUAUGUUUAUGCCUUAUUAUUAAGAAACUAAUGCUUUAUCAGCCUGUAUAUUUUUAUUUGAAUUAUCGAGGACGUGUUCGUUUUAUUUCCUAAUUAGAUAUCUCCAAAAAUUACAUAAUCAUGCCUGUAUAAUGUGUUGCAUAACCAGCCAAGGUCGUUCAGCACGUGGUUUUGAAGUCUCAAGGCAACUGUCAACCCUGAACUGUCAGUAGUGUGAUUCCCUUUUGUUACUUAUCACAAAAUUUGGGUUUUUCGUUGAAAAUUUUAAAUGAUAACAAUAAGCGACAGUCUGUAAUUGAUUAGAGACCAAAAAUGUCAUUAGAGGAUCCGCUAUAUCACAUAACUCCAGUGCAACAAGCGGCCGCUUCAUGUACGGGGGCUGUUCUAACCUCACUUUUAGUCACUCCAUUAGACGUAGUCAAAAUUAGAUUACAAGCUCAGCAUCGCUUAUCUCAAAAUGUGUCCAAUAAAUGUUUUUUAUACUGUAAUGGGCUUAUGGACCAUUUUUGUGGUUGUACUCCAAACAAUGGGCAGAAGCAUUGGUUUCAAAGACCUGGGCACUUUAACGGAACUAUAGACGCUUUUAUUAAAAUUACGAAAAAUGAAGGAAUUUAUUCAUUGUGGAGCGGUUUAGGACCUACUCUAGUUCUAGCACUUCCGACCACAAUUUUGUAUUUUGUGACUUAUGAACAGUUAAGAUUAAGAUUGAAGAAUUUGUACAAUAGAAACAACGUGGAGGGACAAGAGAGGAAACAGCCUUAUUGGAUUCCAUUAAUCUCAGGUGCAACUGCCAGAAUAUUUGCUGUUUCUGUUGUAAGUCCUUUAGAAUUGAUUAGAACUAAAAUGCAAUCGCGGAAAAUAUCGUACGCAGAAAUAAACGAAUCUUUAAAAUUGUUGAUUAAGCAAGACGGGAUCAAGGGAUUAUGGAAGGGUGUUUUUCCAACUUUGGGAAGGGAUGUUCCCUUCUCUGCCAUUUACUGGAUGAAUUACGAGACCAUCAAAGGUUUUUUUGGGUCAGACACUCCAACUUUUGGCGUUAGUUUUUUCGCUGGGGCUGUGUCAGGAGGGAUUGCUGCUUUUGCCACAGUUCCGUUUGAUGUCGUUAAAACCCACCAACAGAUCGAAAUUGGUGAAAAAACUCUUUAUACCGAUAAACCACAAAGAACAAAACGUACAGCACAAAUAAUAAGGGAAAUUUAUAGACAUAGCGGUAUUAAAGGACUGUAUGCCGGUUUAGUUCCUCGACUUGUUAAAGUUGCCCCAGCGUGUGCUAUUAUGAUAUCGUCAUUUGAAUAUGGAAAGCAAAGAAAACUUACAAUCAAAUAAAUAAUUGUAGAUUUAAGGGCAGCUGAAAGCGAUUAUUGCGGUUUUAUUUCUAAAAGUUUUUAAUUGUGUUAAUACGGUGCGACCUCGAUAAUACGAACUCCGAAAGAGAGAAAUAUUGCUUAUUGAACUAAAUGUUUAUUUGUAAUAAAUCUACGUUUUUUUUUAAAGUCUUCAAAAUUGGUUUGAUAAAGAAAUACUUUUGGUUGGGAAACCAAUGAAAUCAGACUUUCUCGGCUUCGUUUUGUGUUUGACGUUUUUCGUUUGUUUUAAUAACGUCCGAACAGUUUUUAGUAAAAUUAUCUUUAUUUAUUGUCUUUAUCAUAUUUGAGAAGAAAAGUGGAGAAAUGAUGUCACUGCUCUUGUGACUACAAUCGAAGGAAAAACUUUACCUAUAAGGCUCGAAAAGACAAAAAUAAAUAUUAUUGGUUUUCGGGCUAUUUGAGCAUUUCGCGAGAAAAGUGCUCUUAUUUAACAAAAUUAGCUUGAAAUUAAUUUUUAAGAAGACUAAAAUAAUUUUUGAGGAUGAAUUUUUUAUAUUUUUUAUAUAUACAAAUUUAUAAAAAUAAUAUAUAAAAUUAUAUAUUAUUAUAUUAUAUAUCAUAUAAAAUAAUAUAUAAUUUUUUUAUAUAUUAUACCCAACGUUAUUUUUAACCUUAAUUCCAAAUGUGUCUCUAUUUGUGUUAUUUGAUUUGUAUAUAAAAAUAUAAAUCGACCUAAAACGACUUGUAGCACUUUUUACUGGGGAAAAUGUAACAGUCUUAUUUACUUAUUUGCUAAUAAAAAAAAUUAAGAUUACAAUAACCAAAAAUUUAGAUCAAAAGUUUACCUAUUUGAUAUAAAAUUGUCUGAGGAAUUUAAAUUUGCUUUAAUUUUUUUUAUAAGUUUUUAAAAUACCAGAUUAAAUAAGGUCGUUUAUAAUUGUCACAUUCUACCAAAAAUUAAAAAAAAAGCAGAAAUUGUUUUAUUUUUACUCGUAAAAUGAGUUGAAGUUUUUUUCUAAGUUAAUUAUCUUCACUUCCGAUCAAAAUUUUCUAGCAAUCGAAUCAAAAUUAUGCAAAUAAAACAACCUUUCAAAUUAUUUAUUUACUUAUCUAUCAAUAAAUCAUUGAGGUCGCAAUAACCAAAGAUUUUUGGCAAAAGUACUCCCAAAUAUAAACGUUCUUAAGAAAAGCGUUGAAGCUAAUUAGAUAAAUAAAUGAAAUGAAUAUAGCAUAUUUUCGGAUAAACGAGGUCGUACUGUACAUGCCGUAAUAUUCUUUUGAUUUCUUACAAACAAUUUCAUUUGCUUUUAUUUUUUUAAUUAUAGUAUUUUUAUUUUGUACGCUUUGUCUCAAGUUAAACGUUGACUAACUUACGUAAAGUUAGAUUUUUCUGUUUAAAAAUGGAUAGAAGUUGUGUUAAUUUGUGUCCAAAUGUGUUUUUUGAUCAUUAUUUGCAAAUGUGUAGUGAUCUUUACAACUAUUAAUCUCACUUUCGCAACAUUGUGUAAUUUGUUUGUUCACUUUUAUCUACUGAAGUGAGGUAUUAUGUAAUACAAUCACUUGCUUUGAAUACAGAUCACAGUUUUUUAUUUCUAAUGUAUGUACACAAAAUUUAAUGAUUGUUUUUAACAGAUAUAACGAAUUUAUGUAUAAUCAUGGUGCGAGUCUACAAGAAGUUACCGAUUUUUACGCCGAAGAAUAUUUCCCACCUGAACAUAAUUAAUUUGUAUUAUGUACUUUUAGAAAUAAAUAUUAAGUUGUAGUCAAAAAAUUGACAUAAACCGCCACAAAUAAAUUGUUAUUGUUUUAGAA